AAAGUUUUUGAGUAUCCGCGAAAAAAUGAUCAAUGAGAGUACCCGCAACUCCUGCAAGCUCAACGCCCCAACAGAGUGCUAGAGCUCGGGUCGCUUUCGAGAACCUGCACUUCAUCUGCAGGCUGGACAUUUUGGCCUUCCUCCUAAGACUCCGUUCACACGUAGGAUGUCGAGUUCGGUCGUAGAGGCUUCUAAGACACGCUGGCUGCCAGCAAACUCCUGGCUGCACUUUUUCGCUGGGGGGCUGGGGGGAAUGUGCGGUGCAAUUGUGACGAGCCCGUUUGAUGUCGUGAAAACUCGCUUGCAGUCGAGUCUCUUCCAUGAGAAGCAUGUCCCUGUUGGUGUCUUUGGCGGAAACGGUGUCGCAGCCCUUUCGCAACGAUCUGGAGGACUAUUUUGGAAUUUUGUUGAGACAUGUCAUAUCCUUCGCGACAUCUACCAAUAUGAGUCUCCCCGUGCCCUUUUCAAGGGUCUUGGACCGACGCUCGUAGGCGUCAUGCCGGCGCGUUCGAUCAACUUCUUCACGUAUGGCAAUGGCAAACAGAUCAUUGCCAAUCACUUCAACAACGGGGAGGAGAACUCGUAUGUACAUCUUGCGGCUGCGGCGAUCGCGGGUAUUGUCACUGGAACGGUGACAAAUCCAAUUUGGGUCGUCAAGACGCGCCUGCAGCUCAUCGCAGAACGCCAAAAUAUGGGCGCCGCCCUUGUAAGCACCGCGCCCCAAGCAAGUUCGACGCGAAAGCCGUUAGGAGGUAGCUAUGCAAUGAUCAGGCAGAUCUUCAGAGAGGAGGGUGCCCGUGGGUUCUACAAGGGCCUCAGUGCCAGUUAUCUUGGCGUCACGGAGGGAACAAUUCAGUGGGUUCUAUACGAGCGUUUGAAACGGUUGUCCGCCAGAGCGGAGAACCGAGGGGGUGUCGCUGAGUGGUUUGGCAUGUUGGGUAGCGCUGGCACGGCGAAAUGUGUUGCAAGUCUAAUCACCUACCCUCAUGAAGUAUUGCGAACACGACUGCGCCAGCCACGUGUGAACGGCAUCCUCAAAUACACUGGUCUCUGGCAGACCUUCCGGACUGUCAUAGCGGAAGAGGGUGCACGGUCCCUUUACGGAGGGUUAAGUGCGCACCUUAUGCGUGUUGUUCCCAAUGCGGCCGUGAUGUAUUCUAUCUAUGAGGGUGUCUUGCGCUGGAGAAACGACUGAUCUACGUGACCCUGCCUUCCGACUAUUACCCACUUUUCCAUUCUCUAAUAUAUAGAUUCCGCACGAUACUGUGGCCCUCUGGCUACCACCUGUUUAUCUGUAUCUACACUACUCUACCGCAAACCGCACAAUGUGUACAGUACAUAUUUACCCGCAUUCACCACUCUAACAGUGACAACAUAUAAUUCCUCUGAG